AUGGAUGUAAGUGGCAGAAUCCCGAGAAGGACACUCAUCAUUGCGGGCCUGGCCACAAGCGUUUCAUUGCAGGGAUGCUCAUCAUUGAUCCCGACGCACGCAACAGGGUACUGGCAGGACAUGACCAGCUACUUAGCGAAAUACAAGUUUGAGACACCUGGGCUCGAAACGACGCAGUUGAAUCCGUGUGCAAUGGACAUUCCCAGAUACCUCCAGUGCAGCGGCCACGGCGAGUGCAAAGCGUGGACCCAAGAUCCCACUCGAGAAGACCUUCCACAGGCGGCUGCGGAAGCUCCGAGGUUCUGCUACUGCGCAGAGGGCUGGGCUGAUCCCAACUGCGAGACGCCCAGAAAGUCUCAGAGAGUGGCGUUUCUGCUCUCCCUCUUUGGCGGCGUUCUAGGCCUGGACCAGUUGUACCUGGGUUUCUUCUUCCCAUACGGCUUGCUGAAGCUCUUGACCCUGGGCGGCCUGGGCAUCUGGUGGAUCUACGAUGUAGUACGGAUCGGUUCCAGUCCUGUCGACACAGCAGUCAGCUUCAAGGUGGCCCGGAAUGUACCACACUGGGCUUUCGUACUGUCAUCGGUGAUCUUCUUCGUGGCCUUGGCCUUUGUCUACAGCGCAUGGUCAAUCCGCAGGCAGCGGGUGAUGAAGCAGAGAGAGAUGCUGAUGCUUCAAGCCGAGAGUGCUGCGAUCGAGUCGCGUCGACAAUAUUCAGGCUAUGGUUCAACACUGGGCUGA